AUGUCUACCAUGAAUGCAGUGGUUGUUCACACCCCUGGAAAACCUAAUGUCCUCAAGGUCAUACAGCGUCCUAUUCCGCAGCCAACCCCGGGACAGGGACACUCGCCCGUGUCGCUCGUGCAGUUCCCUCGCAUACUCGGCAUCGAAGCGGUAGGAGUAAUCGAUGCUGCUCCUGGUCUCGAGCACCAAUUUCCUCUCGGCAGCACGGCAGCGACCGCCAUGGGAGGAAUGGGCCGCGUCUUUGACGGUGGGUACGCAGAAUAUACAUGCGUACCGGCCAAACAGGUGCAAAUCGUGAAGACAAAACUGCCAUGGGAUGUGCUGGGGGCCUUGCCGGAGAUGUUGCAAACGGCAUGGGGCUCUGUGAUGAAGUCGCUUUCAUUGAAGCCCGGGGACAGAUUGCUGAUACGAGGCGGGACGACGUCUGUCGGACUUGCGGUGGCGGCUAUUGCGAAGAUGCAUGGGGCCUAUGUGGCGUCAACGACGCGGAAGAAGGAACGUGAGGCGUUGUUGCGUGAACAUGGGGCUGAUGAGGUCUGGGUUGAUGAUGGCGCCAUUGCGAGACAGAUUGGUGAAAAGUCGGGCGAGUAUUUUGAUAAAGUGCUUGAGCUUGUGGGCACGGUGACUUUAGCUGAUUCGUUGCGAUGCGCCAAGAAGGGAGGCACGGUAUCGAUGACAGGUAUUGUGGGUAAUGAAUGGCAUCUAGAGAGAGUUAAUCCGAUGGAGUUGAUUCCGUCGGAGACUAAAUUGACAGUAUAUGGUGGUUCGGAUGAGGAUUUUAUAUCUACUCCUUUGAAUGAACUGGUCAAAAUGGUGGACGAGGGUAAGCUGAAAGUACGGGUUGGUCGAGUAUUUAAGAUGGAGGAGAUCGUGGAGGCACAUCAGUGUAUGGAGGCGAACGAGGCCGCAGGGAAAAUCGUGGUACUUCCGUGA